AUGGAUUAUGACCGCUGGGAUGCUUUAUUGCACCAUAUAUUCAAGCAGACUCAAGGUGACGCUUGGUUCAGACCUGCAGAAGAAAAUCUUUCCUCUGGAGUUGCCAUCCGUGUAGCCGACGACCCAGUACCCGAAUAUCGUGUCUUUCCCUAUGAGAAUGUUUCGCUCGAGCCUUUUGAAGCUGCGGUGAAAAAGUUAGGUCCUGUCGUUGCAGUCAAAGUCCGUUCAGCCGCAGUUCAUGCUGCUAUUGCCGAAGCCCCGCCAGAUGACAAUUCUCUUUACGUUGACGUGAAUACCCGUAUUCAAAUCAUCGACACAAUGCUCCAACUUCCUUUUGCAGACAAGGAACAAUGUGCGGCGUUCAUUCGAGAUGAGAGGGUACUCGUUGUUUGGAGUAAUUCGUUGGAUACAAUUAUUCCCGUAUGUCAAGACUUCGACGCCAGCCUUAUCAAAUUAUUGUGGAGAUCUCGACCUACUGGCACAGCGACAAGUUCAUCGUUACAUUCUCAAUCGUUCCUUGGUGCUGGUUCCGUUUCAGGGCAUGACUCUGCCUCUGUGUCCGUACACUCUCAAGGUUUGAUCACCGCUGCAGAAUCUGGGCGGCCGGUCGAAACAAAAACAAUCAGGACAUGGUACGGCCGGAAACGUACAGUGCCAGUAGCACCCUCGAUCACUGGUCCCGAACCUCCUCGCAAACUUGCGUUGUACGCCCCCCUUUACAACGGUCUAGCAGCUGGUCUUGCUCUAGUGUUUAUCGGUAACGGUGUACGUGUCCUCAUCCGAGAGUUUCUGCUCACUGCUCCGGUACCCGACACCCCCAAUCCUGAACCUACAUCGAUGCAGAGAUACCUCCGCUUCGUUCUCGCCGUCACACUACCCUUCCUCUACUGCGUAUCGCUCUUUUUCACGCUACAAAUAUUACAAAACGUUACGAUGGCGAUCGGGCCUAUAGCACACUAUCAUCAAAACUCUAGAUAUUACUCAGCUGUCCCACCGAAGGCGCCCCAGUCCAGUACAGAGGAGGACAAACCGGAGGUUUUGCCUCAUAUCACAAUUCAAAUGCCUGUCUAUCGCGAAUCUCUCGAAACUGUAUUGGCUCCGUCGAUCGCAUCGUUGAAACGCGCAAUGCAGACUUAUGCCCGACAGGGCGGGACGUCUUCGAUUUUCGUAUGCGAUGAUGGAAUGAGGACGAGUGGAAUGUCGAAAGCGGACCGGGAUGAGCGGAUCAGGUAUUAUCGCAGCGAAGGCAUUGGCUGGGUCGCCAGACCAAGGGAUGGAUGUCCUGCUGGUGGCCUGGACUCGAUUGAGGAGGCCCUCGAUGCUACGGCUGACCCGGAAAAAGGAUUUGGGGCGAAGAAAAAGAAAUCAAAAUCUGACUCUUCUCAUAGAGGUAUCCCGGUUUUCGUCCGUGCAGGUCGUUUCAAAAAGGCAUCCAAUAUGAAUUACGGAUUGAGUCUGAGUUUGUGUAUGGAAAGGCAUCUCAUGGGGUUGGUUGAGGCAAAGAAGGCCAAUGCAGGGCCCAACUCGAACGCAAAUUCUACAUCGUCUCGAGGACCGUCUAACCUCAAUCCAAAUUCUGGUCCGCAAGCUCGUCCGACAUCGUCCCAACUUUCGCAUUCCAGGAGGAUUUCACACUCGUACCCUCCAGCCCAAAAUGGUCGUGCUUCACCCCGUGUCUCUCAUGGUACCUACGGAAUAUACGGUAUGCAAUACUUGAACCGCGAUGGGGACGAUAUGCGUGUUGGCGGUCUUGCGGGUAACGGUAACGAUCCUCCACCUGCUAUGGGAUCCGGAAAUGGCAUCAUAGUACCUACGCCUACCUCUGGUGCCUUCCCGUCACAAACCUCUCCGCUCAUGAGGAACGAUCCCCUUGGUCCUGGGUUUGCCAAUGCUGUCCCUGGAACCCCCGGUCCAGCAGCGGCAGAGGCAUACUAUGAGCUGGGUAUGGAUCCGUUGGGAGAUUUGUAUGGCGAUGAAAUGAUUGAGGAUCUUGAGGAAGAGGCUCUGGAUUUGGCCAUCGAGGAGAUGUGGGACGAAUCGCGUUCAGUAACCAACUCCGCUGGUUGGAAACCAUGGGCAGCAAACGGGAAGGCAAUACGGGUAGGCGAAAUUAUUCUUCUAGUAGAUUCAGAUACCGUCGUUCCUGAGGACUGUCUUCGUGAUGCCGCUCGUGAAAUGGCCAACUCCCCUAAUGUAGCAAUCAUUCAACAUGAAUCCGACGUAAUGCAAGUGGCCCACCACUAUUUCGAAAACGGUAUCGCGUACUUCACCCGCCGAAUCAACCGCUGUAUAUCCAUGGCCUGUGCCAAUGGUGAAAUUGCUCCCUUCGUUGGACAUAACGCGUUCCUCCGCUGGCGGGCGGUCCAAGACGCUAGCUUUACGGAUCUGGCAGAUAACAAUAGAGUGACAAAGGAAAAGAUGUGGAGUGAGAGUAAUGUCAGUGAGGAUUUUGAUAUGGCUUUGAGGUUGUUGGGCAGGGGUUACGAUAUCAGAUGGGCGACGUAUUCGAAUGGAGGCUUCAAGGAGGGUGUGUCGCUCACAGUGGACGAUGAAUUGAACAGAUGGCAAAAAUACGCGUAUGGGUGUAACGAACUGCUUUUCAAUCCCUUAUCUCAAUGGUGGCGACGCGGGCCCAUUGCACGUCAAAUUCAUCGAUUCAUCUGGAGUAAUGCGCCUGUACACUACAAGAUUAGUAUGAUGGCUUAUAUGUUCUCCUACUACGGUAUAGCGGCUUCAAUAACUAUCGGAAUAAUCAACUACGUUUUACUUGGGUUUGCAUUCCCUGUCGACGGGUUUUACAUGCACUCAUUCGAGAUUUGGCUCGCGACAACCGUGGUGUUCUUUGGCAGUGGAAACGUCGGGUACACAUUGCUGGAGUAUAGACUGGGCAAGAGACAAUUGCUUUGGGGUUUCCUAGAAAAUGUGAUGUGGAUACCAUUCUUCUUCUUCUUUUUUGGAGGCCUCGGUAUCCCUGUGAGCCAGGCGCUUCUCGCCCAUUUGUUCUCGUAUAAUAUUACCUGGAGCGCCACGGUUAAGGAAGUGGAAAGGUCAAACUUCUUUAAGGAGAUACCAAAGAUUGCAAAACGAUUCUGGUUCCCUCUGAUAGUGUCGUUUAUCCUUAUCGUCGCUAUGAUAAUCCUCAGUACAACCUUAGUCCCCAUCGGCUGGCGAAUCGACGGCUCGUCGUGGGCAGUAAUCUUUCCGCUAGCCGUUGUUGCUUCCUGUCACAUCCUGUUUCCGAUUGUGUUAAAUCCAUGGCUCAUGGUGUUCUCAUACUGA